AUGACGAUGAACCUACUGAAGAAACCUCAACAUAUACUGUAUCACUCGGCAAGUCGGCAAAUACUGCACGCGGGGCAGUGUUUCAGCCCCCUUUAUGUCCAAAGCAAUGACGCUGUAUGCCUCGCCGAGAUCAACGUUGCUCGUGCAGCCGCUAAACUAGCAGAAUUCGUAGCAGCUACCGCUGGAACCGAAAAGUGGCCUAAAACCAACGCAGAACAAAGCGACGAACAGUCCAGCCCCUGGUAUCCCGUCUGUGAGGCCCUGAUAGCAAAAGAGGAACCAAUCGUAACAGCGGAAGAAGCAGGAAGCGAUACCUUUCCAAGCGGCACAUACGCCUUCAUGGCCUUGGAUACAGCAGAGGCGGACUGCGCUGCCGCAGUGAGCCACUGGAAGGACGCCGCCAGCAACUUCACUGCGAUUCCUCCAUCAAAAACUAAAGGAAAAGAACUGUACGAGAAGCAGCAUAACGUUUCUUUUAUUGCCAUGUACAACCCUUCAGAGAAUGCCAGUGUUGAUUGUCGAGUCGUCACUUGCACUCAAACAACAACUAAUGCUCCUGCAGUGCCAAGCUCACGGAACGGUGGGGACGAAAAGAAAGGCUACGCCCUGCUGUGCAUGACCACGCCUGAUGCAUUUGAAGAUAGCAAAGUUCCCUUCUCGGAAGAGCAGUGGAACAAGAUCAAGGCAUCUCUCACCGGUUCUGCCACUGCUGUUGCCCCGAGUCUGCUUGUCUUUGCUAUUGCGGCCCUUGGCUUGGCUGCCCUUUGA